GUCGAGAACUCACAGCCAGCUUUGAGCUAUCUCCUCCCUCUCUCCCUCGCAUCAACAAGAAUGAAGCUCCUCCUCUCCCUUCUUCAAUGCCAACACUCUCUCUGACUCUGUAAGUUCGGAUUCCCCAAGGAAUAUAAAUAUCCCAUUUCCGCCAAGACUCUCCUUUCCUCCUCUUUGUUUUCUCAGCGAAAGAAUAAAUUAAAUCUAGAUCCCUAUAAAUAACCGCGUAUUUGGCUGAUGAGGUUCUUAGAAUUCGUUUUUUGGUGCGGAUCCGCCACCCGACGUUCCGAGGUUCAGAGUACAACCUCAACGCAGCCACUGGCGGAGGACGAGGGGUCGCUAGUGUCUCCCAGGACGCGCCACCGUAAGAAACGCGGAAGGCUGAUAACGGCGACAACCGCGCAGGAAUGGAGGCCAUCGCUGGGAUCUAUUUCGGAGGACCAUAUCGUGCAGGCAAGAGAGAGGGGCGAUGCCCGGAACCGCAAGGUAGAGCCGGAAAGGGAGGUUAAGAGGAGGAGCCCCGAUGCGGCUUCUAAGGUUCACCACCGUAGUUACGGCGAUGAUCACAAGAGACUUUCUGUGCCGACGGUCAUGCCAACAUUUUCUCCGACGCCGUUCAUGUUCUGAGCAAAUUUGUAUAUAACAAUACAAGAAGUUGUUUUGGUUCAGGAGAGAGAGUAUAAAUAGAUAAAUGAUGCAUAGCUUUCUGAGUGACCUAUUGUGAGAUAGACACCUUGAGCUUCUAUCAUUGAAUAUUGUUGUUCUUUCAUUUGUAAAUGAUGAAUAAAUUGAUUAAGCCCCUUUCCUCCUCC